AUAUGGCGUAAUCGCAAGGAUAGCUCGCUUGACAGCCUCUCAGCCUAUUGGACCAUCUGUCGCGCUCGAGCUUGUGGCGAAGUUGGUUUCUGAUUUGCUGCUCUUUUCGUCACGUGCCCAUUGAAGUUCUGGCGCGAGCCGGGGAACGAAGUACGGUCGGAGGGAUGGAAGACAAGAGCGCCAAGAUUGUCGCUUGGCUGAGGAAGAUGUACGGCGACCGGCCGGUGCCGCAGUACGAAGUAAACUCCAGGAACGUAGAGAUCUUGUACCAGCUGGCGGAGUGGAAUGAAACGCGGGAUCGGGAUUUAUCUCUGGUCACUCAGGACCUAAAACAGAAGUCCGCGGAGGUCCAAGCAGAAGCAAAAUGCCUGCAGGAUCUGCUUACAGACAGUCUGGGUCCCUCCUACAUGAACCUCUCGCGCAUGGGCAACAACUAUCUCAAUCAGUUAGUUGAUAGCUGUCUGGCCCUUGAACUAAAGGACUCCUCGUUGGCGAGUUACAUCCCUGCUGUGAAUGAGCUGAGCGCGGAGCUGGUGGCGAUAGAGGCGAGCAACGAAGAAAUGGAGUUAGAAUUAACCAACUUGAGGAAAAAACUGACUGAAGCUUUAGUGCUGGAAAAAUCCUUAGAAGAGGAUCUGAAGAAGGCGGAAGAACAGUGCAACUUUGAGAAGGUGAAAGUUGACGUCCGUUCCCAAAACAUGAAGAAAUUGAAAGACAAAUCAGAAGAAUAUAAAUACAAAAUCCAGGCUGCCAAAGACCAGCUUGCGGCUGCUGGUAUGGAGGACUCGCUCAGCCAUCGGUGUCUCGUUUCGCUGUCCGAGACGCUGUCCGGACUUAAAGAGGAAUCCACGGCCACGAAGGAGAAGCUGAAAUCUUACCUGGACCUAACGCCUAACCCGUCGCUCGUUAAAGUGAAGAUCGAAGAAGCAAAGAGAGAUCUGAAAGCCACUGAGGCAGAACUAACGGCCAAGGUGAACACGAUGGAGUUUGUGUUACCGGAGCAGAACAAGAGGAGAUUGAACUGAGUUUGAUUACCCGGCUUCUCGCUGAACGGCUAAUAGCCCCCAGUAUCGUUUAUCCUCGCGCGCUGCUCAUAAGAACCGAUUCCUACUACACGAUCAGCGAUGUCUAGAAUGUCAUCAUUGUAGCGGAGUCCAUGCCUCGAGGGGUCAGGGCUGUUUUGGUGGGAUAAGGGGGAUGUACAUUAUAUUAGGCAGAUGGUCGUGAUCUUCAGAAAGUACAAUUUAGACAAUUUCACGUUUGUUUUUUUACAUGAAUAUAUGUAUUAUAGUAUUUUGAUGAACUGAACUGUUUUGAGGACACAUAGUAAAAUAUUAGAAAAUGUUUUUUUUUUCUUCAACUAAAAUAAUAAAUUGUUAUGAUUA